GGCAGAUGCGUAUUAUUAGUGUAUCCAGCAUCCAGUACAAUAUAGUAAAUGAAUUAAUGAGAUAUAAAUGCAUGGAAACUUGGGAAAGUAGUAUAACACUAGGGGCUACCAAUGUUGUUUGAUAUGAAGUGGAAAUAACGCGUUUGCUAAUGGUUAUGAACUUAUGAUUAAUAUUAUCUCACAUGGACCAACUUGCUGUUCUUCAUCAUGAAGAGUCAAGUCAAAUCCAACUCAUAUUUUUCUUUUCAGAUACUUAAACUGCGCACAUCAAAUGGCAAAAGCUAUAUUAGAGUUCGGAUGUGAUCGCCAAACUAUGUUUAAGAGGAAACUAAUUGAGCAAAAAGAACCCGACAUGCGCACGUCACGUCUAUUCAUGUUACAUAUUUCGUUUAUAUGGUCACCUGGGACAUUUAAAACUGAUUUAAAACUACACUUUACAGUCAUUAGAACACAAAACGCAUAGGUAAUGUGCUAUAGAGCAAGGAUUAAUAUGACAAUUUUAAUAAUUACCAAAAAAGAAGAAGAAUAGGAAAAACAACAUACACAUCAUAAUUUACAAAUUAAAGUUGUAAAUAAGUAACGAGUACAAGAAUCUUAAAUAUUCAAACUGAGGACACAUGGGAUGUUUGGGAAGGAUUUCUUCAAUUAGAUAUCAGGAGGGUUACCGAAAAAUCUUUUCAAAACCUAACAAAUAUUAACAGCCUUAAGAUCUCAGUUCCCUUACUUUAACUCUUUUAUAAACAAGGACCCAACUUAUGUCUCUCAUGUGACCAACACCACAUCCUCAUUUGACCUGUCAUUGGUCUGACCUUGUCUUCCUCCACAAAGCUAAAUAGAAAGAAUUAAACACUAAUAAUUUUGAAAUUAUAUCCCACGUGUCAACAUAUUGUUGGGCUUUGUGAACCAACUAAACAACACAUAAAAACACAAAGGCAUUACAUAACCAUCAUUUGCACCAAGAGAAUAAUCAAAAUUCCAUAUAACCAGAGGCAAAAAAAGAAAUAAAAAUACAAAUGGCAAAGGAGGGUUUAGGACUUGAGAUUACAGAGCUAAGAUUGGGGCUUCCAGUAGAUAACAACGGUGAAAGAUUAGUUAGCGGAUCGAAGAAGACAAAGAGGGUGUUCUCGGAGAUGAUGAUAUCAUCAUCACUAGAUACUGACGGUGCAAACAGCGUCGUUUCGUCUGUGGACAUUGUCACCGGUGAGGUAGAGGAUGACUCUGUACCGAAGGAUAAGAGUCAGGCGGUAGGGUGGCCACCUGUGUGUUCUUAUAGGACAAAGAAGAACAACAAUAAAGAAUCAUCGAAAGCGAUAGGGUACGUGAAAGUGAGCAUGUGCGGUGUGCCAUACUUGAGGAAGGUUGACCUUGGUACCAGCAAGGGUUAUACUCAUCUAGCCACCGUUCUUGAGAAACUCUUCGACUGUCUUGGUCUAGGAGUAGCAUUGAAGGAGGGGGAGAAAUUUGAAUACGUUAUUAUAUACGAGGAUAAGGAUAGAGAUUGGAUGCUCGUCGGAGAUGUUCCUUGGGAGAUGUUCAAAGAGUCAUGCAUGAGGCUGAGGAUCGUGAAGAGAUCAGAUGCAACCGGUUUUGGUCUGCAGCGAGAUUUAUCAUUGCAACUUGAGUAAAAAUUUAAUGCUAUUUACAAAAAAAAAAACUCGAGUAAAACUGUCCAUUAUUGUAGAUUUUCAAGAUAUAUAUAUUUUUUUUAUGAUCAUGGUGGAUAAGAGAAAUGUUUGCUUCAAGAAUAAAUAAAUUUCUUGAUGAUCAUAGUGGAUCAUAUUGUAUGUUUUAUAUUUACCUUUAAAGGUUUUUAGUCUCACGUAGACUAAUAGAUCCAUACAAUGUAAGUUGUUUUUUUAAUAAUCAAGUUGUAUUAUUGCCGUAUAAUCCUAUACAUGAAGUAUGUUAUAGUUUUCUUUUAUCUGCCGAUCCAGAAAAUCUGAUUUUCUUCUUUUGUAAAUGGAGUAAUAAAAUUGUAGAAACCAAUGAACCUUCUCAAUUCAUUUAAAUAAAAACAAAAAAAAAACGUAAAAGUUUUCACAUGCACGUAAAGUUGGGUGAAGGUUCUAACUACUUUGUCGGUCCAAAUAAAUGAUGCAUAUCUUUAUUAAAUGAUCAUAUCAAAGUAGGUAACAGAUUUGAAGUUUAUAUAUACUUCAUACACUACAAUGAAUCCAACCCCUUAACUUAUCGUCAGGACACCGAAAAGAAAAAAAUGAAGGCACCUUCACAACAGGACAUGGCUUACUUCGACCACAUCAAGAAACGGCAAGAUGAUAAAGGCUGUUUAUACGCAACGCUUUACGGAUUGUUCUGUUGCUGUUGCUGCUACGAGACAUGUGAUUGUUGUUGCUGCGUCUGAUUCUUAUGAUCAUCUUAUAAUAGUAUUAUCUUUAUGUGUCCCUGUUGUUUUAUCCAAAUCUUUUCUAUGUAAUAAAGCGCCACAAAUGGGAGAAGUUGGGUUAAGGUUUAAAUUUUGGGAAUGGUUGGUUGGGUUCGGUUCUAAUUUAAUCCGAGUGUGGUUUGGCUCUAGAUUAAAAUAUGUAAUAAAAAUUAAAUAAAGAGAUUUUAAAUUAUAUA